AUGGCCCGAGUUCACUGCGCUAAUGCGCAAUCCACCGUCAAUUCUUUUAUGCAGCUUGCACGACGAAGCUACACAACUGCUUCUGCUCAAUCAUCAGUACCUCUCGAGUUUCUUGUCCCGCGAUGCACUCCGCCAACCGGCCUACGAGCCUCUAGACUCACGGUUAACCCCCACUCGACACGAUCAUGGAGUUAUAAUUUACGAGAAACGGCGACGCGGCAAUUCUCGACAUCGGCUAUACGACAAAAGACACGGGCCAUACUGAAUCCCCAACAAGACGAGGAUGGCAACGAAAUGAUGCUAGAAAUUACCGACCGGGCUGCCAAGCGCCUCAACAAGAUCAUGGAGAAGGAUGGCAAUCCAAACCUCGCCUUAAGAAUUCAGGUGGAGAGUGGUGGCUGCCAUGGCUUCCAAUAUCUUAUGAGUCUCGUCACUUUACCGGCCAAGGAUGCUGCUGAAUGGUCCUCCGUCGUUAACGAAGACGACACGAUUUUCCAAUAUAUCCCCGAUAACGCUGAUCCGGCUACUGCUUCGGAGGACGGUCCGAAAAUCAUACUCGAUGAACCAUCCCUUGACCUCCUCAAGGGCAGCAAAGUUGACUUCACGAUGGAGUUGAUUGGUUCGCAGUUUAAGAUUACAGACAACCCCCUUGCUACCAGCAGCUGUGGCUGUGGUACAAGUUUCGAUAUUAAAAUGUAG